AUGGAAGACAUUGAGCAGUGGUCAAUUGAUGUGACCACCUUCAAGACAGGAGCAGAAAAAGAAGUUCAGGCAGAAGAUAGAGCGAGGAUGUCUUCAGACCCACACUGUGAAAUGUUGGACCUGAGUAGAGGAGAGAAUAUUACAGAUCUGUGCAAAGGGAAAAAGAUGAUCAAGAAGACAUGCUCGCCCAGGGUGUCAGCUGAAAUCCCUGUGAUAGAGCACAUGGAUACUGCAGAACUCAUGAAAGCAGCCAGACAAGGGAGACUGGAUGUAAUAGAUAAAUAUCUGGAUGAUGGGGGGAACCCUAAUGUGCAUGAUGAGCUGAAUAGGACAGCCCUGCACCGUGCGGCUGUCGAGGGACACAUUGCAGUUGUCCAAACGCUUUUGGAAAAAGGCGCCGAUAUCAACUUCGAAGAUGAACUGGGCUCCAGGGCCAUACAUUGGGCGUGCAGAGGGGGAAGCCUGGGAGUUGUCAAAGCCCUGAGGAGCAAAGGGGCUGACCUGAAUGUUAGAGAUAAGUUGUACAGCACUCCUCUGCAUGUGGCCACAAGAACAGGCCACACGACCAUCGUGGAGUACCUGCUGUCCUGUUGUGCUAAAAUCAACUGCAGGGACAGGGAAGGCGACACAGCCCUUCAUGAUGCUGUACAUCUCAACAGAUACAAGAUACUGAACCUGCUCAUAGAUGCAGGGGCUGACACAACAAUAAAAAAUCAUGAGGGAGUGACCGCAGUGCAGGAGGUUAAACAAUGGCAGUCUGACAUCAUGGAGACCCUUCAGAGACUGGAGAAGCUGACGGAGGUGGGACCUGAGAACACCUCACGAGAGAGGAAUGAUUAG